UCAGUCCUGUCACACGUCAAAAGAAUAUUUAAAGGUUAAAACGUUUUUAAAUUGCUCAUAUUUAGCCAAAUUUCACAAAAUCUAGUAAAAGUUCAUCAUGACCACUUGUAGCGAAUAUAUUAAAAACGUGUUUCCUUCAAUUGACGACGAUCUCAAGCAUUACGUUGAAGGAGUCCUAGAAAACGGUGCUGAUGAUUUCCAAGACAGCGAAGAAGUGUACGAGGCAAUCGGUGAGGUGUUACAAGAAGUUUCCAGUGAUAAAACCGAAGAAGAUAUACGGAACAUAUGUGACGAGUUGCACAACAUGAUGAAACCAGAUAAAAGCAAUGCGAAAAACGGCCCCACGAAGGUGCUAAAUGCCCCGGUACAUCUGGCAUCAAUGGCCGCAAAUUUGGAAAAUAACAUCGGUGAUAUCAAAAGUAUUUGGGUUAUGCAGCGCGACGACACCUUGAAAGUCGAUGCCAAAAAACUGGAAAAAGCAGAGGCCAAAUUGCAGGAAAAGCAAGAAAAGCGGUCCAAAGACGUCAAAACUGUAGCCCCUGUUAAACUAGAGGCCGCAACGGCGUCACAAGUAACUAGUAAAAAAGAGAGCAAAAUGGAGGCCAAAGGCAACAACAGGACGCAAGAUAUAAGGAUAGAAAAUUUCGAUGUUGCUUACGGCGACCGGGUACUCCUGCAAGGGGCCGAUUUGAUUCUAGCCUUCGGUCGGCGCUACGGCCUCGUAGGGCGCAACGGUUUAGGCAAAUCAACCCUUUUGAGAAUGAUUUCAAACGGCCAAUUGCGUAUUCCGUCUCACAUUUCAAUUUUGCACGUCGAACAGGAGGUCAUAGGUGACGACACUUUGGCCAUUCAGAGCGUCCUCGAGUGUGACACAGUCCGGGAAGAUUUACUCAAACGCGAGAAAGAAAUAAGCGCCAUGGUCAACUCCGGUAAUGCUGACCCGGAAUUGUCAAAUCAACUGACGCAGAUUUACGCUCAGCUGCAAAAUAUCGAAGCUGACAAAGCCCCAGCCAAAGCGUCGAUCAUCUUGAACGGUUUGGGGUUCACCCCCGAGAUGCAACAGAAGGAGACUAAGACGUUCUCGGGGGGUUGGAGGAUGAGACUGGCUUUGGCCAGGGCGCUGUUUUCACGCCCCGAUUUGCUACUUUUGGACGAACCGACAAACAUGUUGGACAUUAAAGCGAUUAUUUGGUUAGAGAAUUAUUUACAGAAUUGGCCAACGACGUUACUAGUGGUCUCACACGACCGCAAUUUCCUAGACACGGUUCCGACUGAUAUUUUGCACUUGCAUUCACAACGAAUAGAUGCCUAUAGGGGGAAUUAUGAACAAUUUGAGAAGACGAAAACCGAGAAGCUGAAGAACCAGCAAAGGGAGUAUGAGGCGCAAAUGCAACACAGACAACACGUCCAAGUGUUUAUUGAUAAAUUUAGGUAUAAUGCCAACAGGGCGGCUUCGGUACAGUCGAAAAUAAAAUUGUUGGAUAAAUUGCCUGAAUUGAAGCCGAUAGAGAAGGAAACUCCAGUAGUAUUGAAAUUCCCUGAUACCGAAUCUCUGUCUCCUCCGAUUUUGCAAUUAAAUGAAGUGUCGUUUGGUUACACCAAAGAUAGACUCAUAUUUAGUGACGUUAACCUUGGGGCCACUAUGGAUUCGAGAAUAUGUAUUGUUGGCGACAACGGUGCCGGUAAAACAACGCUCCUGAAAAUCAUCAUGGGCAUCUUGUCUCCCUCAUCAGGCAUGCUUCACAUCCAUCGAAACCUGAAAUUCGGUUAUUUCAGCCAACACCACGUGGACCAACUCGACAUGAACGUCAAUUCGGUCGAGCUCCUACAAAGCACAUAUCCCGGAAAGCCAGUGGAGGAAUAUAGACGCCAACUGGGAAGUUUUGGAGUCUCGGGCGACCUCGCCCUCCAAACCGUCGCCAGUCUAUCAGGGGGGCAGAAAUCCCGAGUCGCUUUCGCCCGAAUGUGCAUGGGAAAUCCCAAUUUCCUAGUGCUUGACGAACCCACGAAUCAUUUAGAUAUCGAAACGAUCGAAGCUUUAGGAAAUGCGAUAAUAAAAUUUACUGGUGGUGUGAUACUUGUGUCGCACGACGAGCGGCUUAUACGCAAAGUGUGCAAAGAAUUGUGGGUUUGUAAUAAUGGAUCAGUGAGAAGUAUAGAAGGCUUUGACGAGUAUAGACGACUUGUUGAACAAGAACUUGAAAAUCAGUCUAAAUAACGAGUUUAAUUUUUUAGAGAAAUUUGUAUAAAUGUGCCUCCUUUGUGAAAAAAACACUAUUUAUGAUUUUUUGUUAUAUUUAUAAUAUAUUCAUGUUUCUAACGGUAUUAAAAUAUAGGUCAUA